GUUUGUUUACUUUAACGGACGAAUAAAAUAUGUUUGCAGAUAAUUUAUUUGAAAUGCGUUUCACAUGGCGCAUCAUAAAAAAUGGGCGACACGAAAGACUGUCCUUGCAAAGACCCUUUCGUGCAAUCGGCCCCACGUUUCUUCUUGCUUCCGAUCUGAAACCACGGAGAAAAUGUUACUUUUCAAGGAAGCAACACGCAAUAUUCAACGAUUAAAAUAUUGCUGUAGAUUGCUGAAAUUCCAUGAAAUUCCAACACGUUAUAAAAGUGGGAGAUACAGUGACACGUUGAAUUUGCCGAACACUUCUUUUGAGCUGUGGGGUGCAGCAAACAGGGAGCAGUCAGUUCAAGCGGCUUGUGGAUUUGAAGAGCUUUACUCAUGGCAGAGGAAUGUAUCUCGGGACAAACACUUCACAUUACAUGACGGCCCACCCUAUGCUAAUGGAGAUGUGCAUGUUGGUCAUGCAUUAAAUAAAAUUCUCAAAGACAUCAUCAACCGUUACAAGCUGAUGAGGGGUUACAAGGUUCACUAUGUUCCUGGAUGGGACUGCCAUGGUCUACCCAUUGAACUCAAAGCACUUACCGAAUCCAAAGAAGAUUUCAGAAAGCUUUCUGCUUCAAAGAUCAGGUCUCGAGCUAGAAAAUUUGCAUUGAAAGCCAUUGAAAGUCAGAUGACAGCAUUCAAACGAUGGGGUAUCAUGGCUGACUGGGAUAAUUGCUAUUACACCUUUGACAAAGAAUAUGAAGCUUCGCAACUCCAACUCUUUCUUGACAUGUAUGAAAAGGGAUUUAUCUACAGAGAUGUUAAACCUGUCAAUUGGUCUCCUUCAUCAAGAACUGCUUUAGCUGAAGCUGAGUUGGAAUACAACCCUCAUCAUAUAUCACCGGCAAUCUAUGUCAAGUUUUACAUUCAUGCGCCUUCAGCAAUGCUGUCAGAUGCAUUAGGUAGCACAGACAGUGUAUCUGUGGUUAUAUGGACAACAACACCUUGGACUAUUCCAGCCAAUCAGGCAGUCUGUUACAUGGCAGAUAAAGACUACUGCUUGUUGGAAUGCAAGGGCACUGGUGAUAGGCUGAUCAUCGCUACUGAAAGAGUGGAAGAUCUGAAAGAAGUUUGGGGAAUGGAUCUCAGAAUCAUUACCACAUUCUCAGGAAGAUGCCUAGAAGAUUGUACCCUUCAUCAUCCCUUAGACCAAUGUCAUCAUGUACCGCUACUUCCUGCUAACCAUGUCAAGAUGGGUUUGGGUACCGGUCUGGUCCAUACCGCCCCUGCGCAUGGUGCCGAGGACUAUGGUGUAGCAAUACAGCACAAUCUCAAAGUGACGUGUAAUGUAGACAGUGAGGGGUUCUAUACGGAUGAUGUCAGAGAUGAGCUGAGAGGAAAAAAUGUUCUUCUUGAUGCAAAUCAAACGGUAAUUGACAUGUUGACAUCAAGCAAUCAUCUUCUUCAUCAUAAGAGCUAUGAGCAUAGCUAUCCUUACGAUUGGAGAACGAAGAAACCUAUUAUUAUCAGGGCCAGUAAACAAUGGUUUAUCAAUACAGCUAGUAUCAGAGAUACAGCCUCAGAUUGCCUUGAUGACGUUGACAUGAGGCCAGCAUAUGGAAGAGCUACUAUGAGAACUCAGCUAGCUGCUAGGACCUUCUGGUGUAUAUCACGACAGAGAGUAUGGGGCGUACCAAUCCCUGUUAUCUACAAUAAACAUACAGAUGAACCUAUACUAAACAAAGAAUUAGUGAAUCAUGUGACUGAUCUGGUGAAGCAUCAUGGGAGCGAUUGCUGGUGGAUGCUAAGCAAGGAUCAAAUCGUCCCACAAAAUGUUUUAGAUAAGUAUAACCUUUGUCUUGAUGAUGUGGUACUUGGUGAUGAUAUCCUAGAUAUCUGGUUUGACAGUGGUGCUUCAUGGUCGCAUGUUUUAAAAGAUGCAGGUUAUAAAGCUGAUGUGUACAUGGAGGGAGAGGAUCAGUAUGGAGCGUGGUUCCAGACCAGUUUACUCACCAGUAUAGCUUCACAAGGUACUGCUCCAUACAGGUCUAUUUUGGUGCAUGGGUUUGCACUGGAUGGUGAAGGACGUAAAAUGUCCAAAUCUCUCGGGAACGUUGUUGACCCAGAUAUCAUCGUUCGUGGUGGAAAGAACAAGAAGAAGGAGCCAGCUUACGGAGCCGAUGUCUUAAGAUGGCGGAUGGCCGACUCUGACUGGAUGGGUCGUAUCAACGUCAGCCCCGAUCUCUUUGCAAUGACCAAUCAGAACAUCAUCAAGCUACGCAAUACGUUCCGUUACUUCCUCGGGAACCUGUAUGACUUUGAGCCAAGCGAGGGCGCACUUGAGAUGACGUCGCUUGAUAGAUACAUGCUUCAUCUCCUUCAUGAGUACUGUGGUCAUGUGACCAGAUCCUACGAGGAUUACGAAUUCAGCGAGGUCACAAGAAGGGCUAUGGAUCUAAUUCACAACAAGAUAUCGUCUUUCUACCUUGAAACCGUUAAAGAUAGGUUGUAUUGUGAGAGAGCGGAUAGUGAGCGAAGACGCUCAUGUCAAACUGUUCUUCAUCAUAUGCUGAAGGUCAUUUCAAGGUCAUUGGCCCCCAUAGUCCCACAUCUAGCAGAAGAGGUUCAUCUCCAUCACUCUGGGAAAAAAGAAGGAAGUGUAUUCAAGACGGGCUGGAUAAACCCUGACCCCGAAUGGCAUCAACCUGAUCUAGCUAAACAAUGGGGCGCCCUCACAGUCCUACGAGAGUCGUUCCACUGCGCUAUUCAUGCUCCUAAGAGCAGAGAGUACGAUAUCACUAUCUAUGCAGAGGAUACUCAUUUGCUUCAUGUUCUCCAGUCACUUCAAGAAGACGAGACAAGCUGCGUAUCAGAUCUCACAGAAUUCAUGAUGUCAUCCUUCACAACAGUCACCAUGGCAACCCCUCCAGUUGAUAUUCCAGAUGGAUGUACGCUGGUUUCUGCAGAGCUUCCAGUGUUGGAUGAAGUGAACAAACCGAUGAUAUGCAAUCUCUUGAUCCAACCUGCCACCCAUUAUCGGUGCAAUAGAUGUAGGAAACACACUGCUGAAGAUCCCAACAGACUCUGUGUGCGUUGUACUGCAUCUCUUACUGACGGCUGGGAAUGAGUCUUCGAGGCCUCAAAAGGAGACCAAGUUCUGUGCGUGUUGCAGUUAGGCUUUAAAGGCACGUCAACGUCAGUUUCAGUAAACCUGCAAUAGCUGACAUAAAUCAGAGCCCCAGAGUGGGGCAAAAUGUAUGACCAGCCGACGUUGUACAAUGGCACUGAAAAUUCCACCUGUUGCGUUAUGGUAGAGUCGUAUCUCACUUUCCUUGGGCUGACAAGUUAUCCAGAGGAUAGAAGGGGAAACUAACUGAACAGAUGCUGAUAUCCAAUUGUUUCCUUAUGUAAGAAGCUUGUUAUUAUUUAUUUUAUAUUCAAAACCUUGCCAUUUUGUGACUACACCUAAUCAUGUGCUUGAAAGUCUUCGGAUCUUAAUAAUGGCUUGAAUACACAAAGGUGGUUUAGAAAACCAUCCGUUUUUUAUUUUUUAUUCAUGAGUCCACCGUUUGAACAGUGAAUUCAUUAAUUCAAAACAAUGGACUCAUGAAUAAAAUAGCGUACUCAACCAUGGCAGCAGGCGUCAAUUUGGCACCCUGUGGCAGAAACGUGCAUCAGCAUUGGACAUAUUUUUUUAUAUGCGGUAUUUAAGUGUUAUUCAUACAAGAAAUUUGCAUAAACCAUGGGUUCAAUUGAUGGUUUUCAAAUCCACCUUUGUAAAUUCAGGCCAUUAACACUAAAAGGACUGGGCUAUUUGAGAUGUAUUGAGGACUGGGGGGGGGGGGGGGCAUGGUGUCCCCCCCUACCGGUCUCCGUCGCCGUUCGUGCGAUCGCACCAAAAUUUGACACGCACAUAAACUACAAGCUAGGUUUAAAAAAUUCUGAAAAUAAUUUUUUAAUUAUGAAUAAAAUAUGCAAAUUUAUUCAUGAAAAACAUUAUUUGCAUAUUAAAUAUCCUAUUUCACUUCAAAUUUUCUUUUUUUAUAGCAGAUGUCAUCUUUGUAAUCUGAUUUGAAGGUUUUACAAAGAAUAAUUGCAAAAGCCAAUUUUUUCCUUAUGUAUUUCUUUGUUUUUAUAAUUCCUUAUGUAUUUCUUUGUUUCUUCAUCUUUUUUUCAUAGUUUUUUUCAAUAGAAAUUAUUACAGACCAAUUAGAAUGAAAAAUAAUCACCCUUUUAUGAAUUUCAUCUCCCACCCAUUAACUUUGAACACAAAGUAUAAAACUGAGCUAUUUUUGGCAUGACAUUGCCUCGUGAAAAGUCACAUGACGUCGUGAUGGUAUACCCGUAUGUCGCGAAUUUGGUCUCAAAAGUUGUGCAAGGCUUCAACGAAAAAAGUCAUACAAUUUUCCGGCGAUAUCUUUUUGCGUUUCGGAAAUAUCACACGAAGUGUCGAGGGGCAUCAUGGCCCCCCCCCCCCCAGUCCUUUUAGGGUUAACUCUUCUUUUAUUGUCUGGGGCAAUUUGCAGAAAGAGUUACAAUCGAAAGCAUCUCCCCCAAAUCAAUUGCAACUUGACUUGAAAACAAUCAGAAGCUCCUAUUUUGAAUUUGUGUUUGAAUGUUGAGUCACUGUCAAUGCCAAUCUUUCUUGCAACACAUUAACUUCUCACAAAGAAGACCACAUAAAGAUACGACUUGUGUUAGAAAUUUUUAUUUUGACGUGGAACGGUAAAGAUUUCACAUAAAAUACCAACAUUUUUUAAAUAAUUGAUCGUAAUAUUUAUGUUACAAUAUAAUAUAUAAUUUUUCAUCUGAAAAAUGUACAGUAUAAUCAUGCAAGACACUUGGAUUGAUAAAUGAGUUUAUAAGACUAUGAAAUGGAUCCAGAUCAAGUGAUUGGUUCUUGCUCAAAUGUGACCAGGCAUAGAUUUACUAAUGACUUGUUAUGAGUGGUCAUGAGCAAAGUAUAAUGACUGGUCAUAAUUUUGAGAGGAGGGUGGUUUGUCAAAUGCACAUCACUAUCUUAUAAAACAAAUAAUGCUCAUCAUUUUGUUUGGGCAUUAGUAUAAUUACCCACUUGUUACCUCUGGCAUGUUAUAUAAAUAUUUCGCAGGUAGCUGGUUUAUAAUUUUUGAUAUUGCCCUUGCCAAUGUGCAUUAUUUGUUAUAAUAGAGUACAGAAGUAUGAUGUCACAGCCAGUCCAUAAUGUAUACGAUUGGUGCAAUUAUUUUGUGUGUGGGACAACUACUAUACUUCAAUAAAAGAACGACAUCAA